CUGUCAACAAUCCUAUAUAUUCGGCCCGCAAGACCAUUCCUCCCUGAAACCCAUCCCACAAGCUCAAUUCACCGACAGUGUUCGUCCUCCGCAUUAUACCCCCGAAGAAAUACAUCCCUUCCACCCUUUGUCGCGAUACCCCAGAGCCGACCCAGCAACAUGUCCCUCAAGCGCAAGGCCUCAUUCCCAAGUCUGGCCUGGUCCCAUCCCGCCCCAGUCUUCACGGGACGGUCAUUAAUGGCAGACGACGCCCCAAGACACCUCCACAGUCGCACGCGAAAGCGCUUCAGGAACGAUCGCCCCGACGAGGAAGUGGUAUAUGAGAACACGCUUCGUUGGCUCUACACAGCUCAGCAACAGCAACCAACCCCUGCUCCUCCCACGGAUGAGGACGCGUCCGAGCCAGAACCUGUCCCAUCUUCUGAGAUCGUUGAUCCUCGUCAACAGACAUUGCACAAGUUUUUCCGGCCCUCACAAUCCACAUUCGCCCAAACUCGUUCGAACAAUGCGAGUCAACAAACGAUUCAUACCCCACAACUCACAACAGCACCUUUGCAAUCCCACAACUUCGGACUGUCCUCCCCAGCCACAUCGGCAGGCUGGGGAAGCAGCAGUCCAUCCUCCCAGAUAGAUAGUGACAUGGAUGUGGACAUGGAAUCAGUGAGCAACGAGCCAGUCCAACAACCCAGGAGGCUGGUCGAAGGGUUCUGGGGGACAUGACUCAAGACUUGAUCAUGUUGAAUUCCUUCGUCCUAUAGCGUACCACACCCGCAUUGUCAAUCUUCAGCGAUGAUACCUUAUGUUUCUUUCUUUUUGGCUGCCAACUCUUACCAGUCACAUUGGUUACCUUUUGACUGAUUUAGUGUGAUGUCUUCUUAUCCUGUUGUGUGAAAACUCCACACUCCACACUCCACACGAAACUGUUUGCAAGCAUUGACUUGUUCCCCCCUGAUCCAAGCUCAGUUCAGAACUUGCUGGUCAUCCAAUCUAUGUCGCACUAUAUUUCCUGCUACUAGAUAGUUGUAUAUACUCUUUAAAAUAUG